AUUGUUUGUCUAUUUGGUGUUGGGAGCCUGAAGCCGAUUCAUUCAUUAGCUGCGCUUUUUACUCGAAUCAAAUAAGCUUAAAUUGUUUCUUUGCUACACUUCACCGCCCUUCUUGAUUCAAAUAUUUGGCUCAAUUUCUUGAUUUUGUGUUCAUUGAUCGAAGAGUCACGAUGUUAUUAUCUUACCGGCGUCAUAGCCCAGGGAUCUGACAGUUUGAAACUAUGGCGAGAUGGAAGGCAAUGUUGGAUGUUGGAAGGCUAAAGGAAUUCUUGGUCAGGUGGUUGUUACAGGUUCUGAAUAAUGACUUGGCCUUCGCUCAGGCCUGUCAUCAGUCACUUGCAAAUGGAUCAACAAUCAGUGCUUUUCAAGAAGCAAUUCACCAAACCAUGAUCGAAUCAGAGGCUAGAGUAAUUCUUUGGUUCAUGGAGCAUUCAUCAUGGGAGGAAGUGUUGCAGCGUAGAUUUUCUCUAUGGUGCAUAUAUAAUAACUGCAAUGUAAGAAGGAAGAAGCAAAGAGAAAGGAGGAACCCCGAUAAUAUGUACCUCAAUUUUAUACAGUAUAUAGGCCUAUCCAGCAAUACUGGCAACACAGUGCAGAUAUGGCCUUCAAGCAAUGUGACCAAAAUGAUCUCUUCAGACAUUUUAACGCGAUUGUCAGUGGAAGAUUGAUGAAACUGACUUACAAGUAUAUACCUCUGCAGCUCCGCCCUUGGUUCUAUGUAUGCAUGGGAAGUAUUUGCAUAUGUCUAUAAUCUUUUCAGGUUUCUAUACUUGUGAAACUUCUAUAUAUCUUGAUUGCUAUUUUUUUUCUUCUGUACAUCCUGUGGCCAUAACUUACGUUUGAAGUGCUUCCAAAAAUGGAUUGGACAAGGCAAGGAUACAAGUGUCAAGUGCGCAGUCAAAUUAGUCACCAAAUCAUUAAUCAAUUAACCACAAAUAGACUCGGUACUGGUGGCUGCUAUAAGAAUGGUGAAGGAGUCGAGAAAAAGUGAUGCCCCUAGAAGGACUCAAGCAGCAUGUUCUCAGGUGAAUCAAGAAGAUCAUCCUGAUAACCCGUUUAUUAGGGGAGCAGCAGCUAUGUAAAAGACCUGGAAUGGAUAAUGUAUCAAGCGGGAGGAUGUUUGUGAUACCUACUCCAAUAUUUUACCAUAAAAAAAUUUAAUUCUUGGAUCCACCCUUGUAUAUUGGUGAAUCAAGAAUAUCACUCUGAUACCCGUUUAUU